CUGCUCUUUACUCCCCUGCGUUGUGCUGCGCCAUGCGGUGGUGCUAGAAUGGUUUCGAAAAUCGAGCUCCGUUCCUGCAUGAGGAUGGUUUGAAUGCCGCUUUUUAACGGAGGGAAAAAAGUAUGCUGCGGUUGUCGUUGUCGAGUGUUUCUGAUCUUUGUCGGCUAUUGAUGAGAAUGAUGUUUUGAAUUUAUCCAAACCCGACGAGGAACUAGGAACCGCGAGAUCCGAGGGUAGCAGACUGCUGCAAGGCUGUGUGAGAUCAUGUGAGGACGGAGGCGGUGGAAUGUUGUCGCUGCGUGGUGUUUAAUGGGAUGUAGUAUUUGCAGGCGUAGUUCAGGUAGCGUUUGGGUCGACGGAGCGUUGGAUUCGACCUCAAACUAAUGUCCGUGUAAUCGCGUGAAGGAGGAAGGGAGAGGAGGUUAAUGGUCAAUUGGUGCCUGCUAACGCUUGGAUGAAUGCCAUGUACAUUAUCAAGAACGUAUUCUUUUGUGCCCGAGCUUUGCUCUACAUUCCACUGUGAUAAUGAGGAAGUUGUUCCCUCUUCAAGCUCGUCAAUUCACAGGAUUAGUAAGGUCCUAAGGUAAAGAAAGCCAUGGCUAUUGGCACGCCACCGCUGCGUCUCUCAAUACGAAACUCUCCUCGUAAGAAUACUCAGGAGUCCGUGGAGUCAAGUGGGAGCGAUGUGGGUAUUGCAACUCCAUCUCGAAUCGGCACCAUAACGUCGGCACGAAAGGCUCUUACUCCCAUUGCCGAGAUCGUCAGCAAUCCGCUGACAUCCGAUGUGCCAGUUUGCGAGGCUAUUGCUCCAAGUCGAAAAAGGAAUGUAACUACUCCACAGAAGCAGACUGUGGAAAAUAAAUCAUUUUCCGAUGCAGAGAAUGCCACCGACUGUAAGGAAGGCUCUGCAGUUGGCACAUUGGGAAAUCUGGCAGGGAUAACGCCGGGGAGAAGUAAGAAUAUUUUAGCAGGUCUUUCUAAAAAAUCACCUGUUGUAGCACGUUCAGUCCAAGAAUUAUGUUAUUCUGAAACACAAGCAGAUGGUGCUCGUACUCCCAAAAGGCGUUUGGCAUACAAUCCUGAGGUCGUUCAAAUACAAACCUCCACCAAGAGUUCGACGAAAAUACCUUUCGAACAUCUUACACCCAAGGUCUUUCGGAGUGCGGGUAGGAAGGUUGCGAAUGAAGCAGAGGUCGGGACGUCCUCUCGAUGUGGUCCUGCUCAGUUAAUUACACCAUCCAGCGCCAGGUCAACUCGCCCUUUGAAACAUGGAGGGGCCGGAGGGAUUCUGUCUUCAGGGCUGGGCAUUCGAGCCAGCGUAUCUAGUUCUUUGAACCGACAGCUUGUGAUGCCACAAACAAGUCCUCAUUUUAUAGAGCAGCCUUUUGAUCUCGAGCAGGAUCCUAAUUUCUGGGAUGAUCACAACGUCCAGGUGCUCAUAAGAUCUCGUCCAAUCAACAACGCUGAAAUGGCAAGUCAGGGCUACACAAGAUGUCUGAAACAAGAAAAUGCUCAUUGCAUUACUUGGCUUGGCCAACCAGAGUCGCGGUUCACCUUCGAUCAUGUCGCUGGAGAUAGCGUGACACAAGACAAGUUGUUCAGAGUGGUUGGAUUACCUAUGGUGGAGAACUGCAUGUCCGGCUACAACAGCUGCAUGUUCGCUUAUGGGCAGACUGGAAGUGGAAAGACGCACACAAUGUUAGGAGACCUCGAACGUCUUGACAGAAGUCCGAGUGACAAUAGGGGAAUAACUCCACGUGUGUUCGAGUAUCUGUUCGAGAGGAUCCGUCAGGAAGAGGAGAGUCGAAAGCAUGAAAAACUAAUGUUCAUGUGUAGGUGCUCCUUUCUCGAAAUUUAUAACGAGCAAAUCACCGAUUUGCUGGAGCCGACAUCAACCAACCUUCAUAUGCGCGAAGACACCAGGACUGGAGUGUAUGUUGAGAAUCUAUCCGAGGUUGAGGUGCAGAAUGUACAAGAUGUCAUUGAUCUUCUGAUCCAGGGUGCUUCAAAUAGGAGAGUGGCUGCGACUAAUAUGAACAGAGAGAGCAGUCGCUCCCACAGCGUGUUCACAUGUAUAGUAGAAAGCAAGUGGGAGUGUGAUUCUUUGACGAAUAUACGAUUUGGUCGUCUCAACUUAGUUGACCUCGCUGGAUCUGAGAGGCAGAAAUCUUCAGGUGCAGAGGGUGAUCGCCUUAAGGAAGCCGCUAGCAUUAAUAAGUCGCUCUCGACGCUUGGGCUUGUCAUUAUGACCCUUGUUGAUAUCGCCAAUGGGAAGCAACGACAUGUUCCUUAUCGUGAUUCCAAGCUUACAUUUCUUCUGCAGGAUUCUCUUGGAGGCAAUUCAAAGACCAUCAUAAUUGCCACCGUGAGCCCUGCCAGUUGUAAUGCUGUGGAAACCUUAAGCACACUGAAGUUUGCACAACGUGCAAAAUUAAUCCGCAAUACUGCUGUUGUCAACGAAGAUGCCACUGGAGAUGUCAAAGCUUUAAAGCUACAGCUACAGCUUAUGAAGGAAGAAUUAGAGCGCAUUCGGCGGCAAAGCAUUUCGAGCAUACCGUCGGCGCUGCUUCCUGUUGAUAGGUCUUGGGAUGCCACAAGAGCACUUGGAAGCCCAACCGGUACCAAUAAACAGCUGAAGGCAAUGGAAUCGAUUGUGGCCGGGGCUCUUCGGAGGGAAAAAGCUGCCGAAGAUGUUACAGAACGGCUAGCUUCUGAGAUUGAGCAGCUCAAUCGUCUUGUUCGGGAGCGCCAGCAAGAAUCUCAGAAUGCCAAAUUAAUUCUACGGUUUCGAGAAGAUAAAAUCAGAAGACUGGAGGCUCUCUCGCAGGGUAUGCUUGAAUUAGAUUCCUAUCUUGCACAAGAUAAGCGCAUGCUCUGUGAGGAAAUUAAGCUUUUAAAAGCUCAAUUGGAAUGUAAUCCUGAGAUUACGCGCUUCGCCAUGGAAAAGAACCAGCUCUUGGAUCAGAUAAAAAGUCUGAAGGAUUUCCAAGAUGGAAAGCAAGAAGUCAUGGCGCAAGAAAUUUCUAAUCUACGUGACAAGGUGUUAGAGAUGCUAGAGGGAAAGAUAGCUAAUGAGCACGUUCGCAGCUCACUGUCAGCAUCUCAGGGCCAUAUUGCGACCUCAGAAAUUAUUGCAAAAGAUCGUGAAAUUGAGCUUCUACGUACUGAGGCAAAUGCUUAUCGUUCCGAUUUGGAACAUUGUCGUAACAACUUGAACUCUGUGCUGGAAUCCCAUUCCGCGACUUCAAGACAAGUGGUUGAUCUUCAAGCUCUUGUCGAGCAGCUGAGAGGAAGUGGAGGUGAAGAAAAUUGCCUUAAUAGAGAAUCAAACUACGAACUUCUAGAGAAGCUGCAGACUGAGCAACUGCAGCACACUAUGGAGCUCAAAAGUCAGCUUGAGCAGAUGGAAUUAAAAGCAGAAAUAGAAGGAAGAAAGAGUCAUCUUCUAGAGUCUCAGUUACAGGAAAGUCUUCAAGAGGCACAUAACUUGCACAACCAACUUCAGAAGCUGACACCCAAUACUCAGGAGGUGGAAAGCUGCAUAAGGAUGGAAACGGAAGAAGCUGGUGAUGAGCAGAAGCGGAAACUGAUUGACUAUGAUGCCAUGGCCGUUAUGUGGAAUCACAAGGAAUCCGAUCUCCGUGCCCAACUUGAGAAAGUUCAAUCUGCGAUGGAUACAAUUCUAGAGAAACAAGGUAGAGAGCACGAGGAAGUCCUUGUCUAUCAGGAAGAAAUCAGGCGCUUACGGCAAGAGCUGAUUUCCUUAGAGGCCUCCAGAAAUGAAGAACAAGCACUUCGGGAGCACUUUGAGAAGAAAAAUAAGGAACUGGCUGCAGAACUUAAUAGGCAGCUUGAGGAAGCCUCAAGCAAACUUGCUCAGGAGAAGGCAAUCAUUGAUGCUUUGGAGAACCAGCAUUUAUUGGCAAUGAAUGAAAUCGAUACGUUACAAGAGAGUCACAAAAAGUUGGUUCUUAGAUUGAAAAGAAGAGAAGAAAAAGGACGGAUGUUGAAAAGGAGAAUUGAUCGGCUCGGUUGGGAGUUGACUAAGGAGCACGAGCUCCGAGAUGUGGAAAGAGAAAUGGAAGAUCGAGAAAAGCUUAAUGAAGAAGAACUGAUGGCGUUAGAAUUGAAGCUGGAGAAUGCUAGAAAGGAGCUUGAGACGGCUCGAGCGCUGAAUGAAAAAAUUCAGGAAGAGCAACAUCUUCAAACGAUGAGGCAACAAGAUUUAGAUUAUUCAAGAUCUGAAGUAGAGACUGAGACUGCCUUCGCGAUCACUUCGAUGCAAGAUGAGCUCAUGGCUAUGGAAGAUGAGUGGCUUGAGAAAGAAACUGCCGCACAAGAGCAAGUGGCACGGGUUAGAGAGGAACUGGCAGACACACUUAGGAUGUUAAAUGAAAUUCGUCAUGAAAAUGUAAAUUUACGGAAGGAGCAUGAUGCUAUGAUGAAAGAAAAAGAUGCUGAGAUAAGCACUUUGCGGAGGAGCUGGGAGGCUGCGUCAGGAAAGAUAAUAGAUUAUCUCGCUGAAGGAGAUCAAGCCCUUUUUGAUGCUGUGCAAGAAAUGGAAUAUCUCGUUGAGCUGUCUAUACCGUCCGGAAGAGUGCAACAAACGAACAAGAACAAAGCUUAUGAAUUUCUAUGUGAACAACUCAAGCUUGCUCAAGAUGUGGCUAGAGAGACUGAACGAAAGGUCAGAGCAUUGUGCCGCGCAGCUUCAGAAGCAUCUCCUGAGGCGGACAGCAACAAAUUGAGCUUAUCUGAUAGAGAGAGUGUGUGUGGACUCCUGCGAGGUUCACAGAAGUUUGAGAACGCCACAAACGAAAUUAUUGCAAGAAAGGGGUGCUCUGAUAGGCGGGUAGUGGAGUGCGAGACAAUGUUAACUUCUAUCCAAGCCGAUUUGGCACAUGCUGAAUUAAAAUUGCGUCAAGCCGAAGAUCGUAAUUUGGAACUAGCUAAAGCCCAAGAAGCACUCAUCGUCACAAGUCAACAGUGGGAUUUGGAGAAAACGACAUUAAUUAGCACUUUACGUGCAGUGGAACAGCAGUAUGCCGUCGCCCAACAAGCACUUUCUGAUUUGCAGGUUGGAACGAUGUUCUCUGAAGCACCGGAAGGUGUCACUGAGGAGGUAGAAGAACUCCGCCUUGCGAAAGAGAAGUGGGAUAUGCAGAAAAAAGAGUUGGAGAAUGAGCUCGUGGAAUUGCGUGCCGCUCUUACGCAAAGAGAUGCUGAAUUUAUAAAACAACGCAUGUCUGACGCUAAGGAGGCGGUGGUUAGUCGAGAUAAGUCGAGGCUGACGGAGAGUAAGGUAGCAGGUUAUUUUGUUGAGGAUGAAAACUGUAUUAACCAGAAUUUGGAAGUUGAAAGACACGAUGCUGGUGAAGCAGCAGUUCGACUCGUGAAUCUAAUAAAGAAGAAGGAAAUAGUACUUAAGGACACAAAUGAUGCCCUUGCGCAGCUCAAGUUGGAGCUGGAGAAAGCGCUAGAGGCACACGAUUCUCAUCAGCAGCACAGUGUCGAAUGUGUGGCCGAGAGAGAAGAACUACUUUUUAAGUGUGAGUCACUUGAAAAAUGUUUGAACAUUGCCACUUCAAACACUUUUCACGCAGAGGAAAGAUUGGAUACCUUGCAACUCUUAAUAGAAGAGUUUUCGCAAGCGGAAGGGAAAUGGAAGCUUAAAAUAUCUAAUCUAACCUCACAGGUUGAGGUGAUGAGAAGUCUUCUGGCUGACAAGGAGGCAGAAUGGAAAACUUUGAAGAAUGAGAAUGAGCAACUUCACAUCGCUCUUCUCUCUGCACAGAAAGAAGGCAUCUCUGUCGCCUGCGAGCUUACAGCGUUGAAGCAGAAGCUCAGAAGGUCAGAUUCACAUGGAAGAGAUCAGCUGGAUCACGUAGAGCAGACAAUCGAAAUUAACCACAUAGAUCACGGCCAAAGAAACCCUGUUUUAGAUAGGCGAAGAGAAACAGAGAUGUACGAGGAUGAAAUAACAAAGCUGAUAAUGUUGGUAGCUCAAUCCGAAGAGCGAUUAGUCAAGUUGGAAUUGGAUUGGAGAAGGGAGAAAGAAAGAUUGCUGGCAGAGAGGGACAUUGCGAGGAUGGAUGCCAAACAGAAGGGAAGUGAAGCUGCAGCGUUGGCGAGGAACUUUGAAAGGAAUCGGGCCACAUUAUGGGAGGCGGAAAUGAUGGUUGAUGCUCUUGUUCAGGCAAAGGACAGUGCUAGGAGUGAUGGUGAGGCGUGGAAAUUGGAAAAUGACAGGUUGCGUCUGGCUCACGAAGUCGCUCUUAAGAACGUAUAUGAGGAGACUCUGGAAGUUCUAGCAAUAAUAAAAGAGGAGGUGGAUAAGACUAAAAAUCACUGCGAAAAGGAAAUUGCUACCAUGACCGAAGAUAUUUAUGUGCUGAUAGACGGACUUCAUAUUUCUAUUGGUGCACUGCAACAUGACUUCAAGAAAGCACAGAUGAGCAUUUCUCUUUUGGCAGAAGAACUAGGAUUUGCUGAAGAAAUUCAGCACAACUACAGUGCGGGGUUGUUGGAGGAGGAAUUAGCUGCCUUGAAUACUGCAUCUGCUAAUGAUGAAGAAGAAUACCUCAUUAUGAAAGAUCAAAUAGCAAAGUUGCGAACAUUGGCGAUCGAAUUAGACGCGGAGCUGCAGGUCAAGGUGUGUGCGGUGAAAGGUCUGGAGCAGGAACUUCUUCAUGCUGAAAAGUUGCGAGACAGCUUGCUUCAAGAGGCUGAAAGUAAUAUUAAGGAGGUUGAAAGUCAGAGGGAUUCAUUACAAGUAGACUUGUCAGCACUGAAGAAAGAAUUGGGGUUUGCCCAACAUACUGACAAGGAUGUCGACCUUCAAGCUCUAACGACAAGAAUCCCUACUCUGAUGCUGCUUUCCGGGGGUCAAGCUACUGAGUACCAUUGCAAGCUCAAUGAUUUAUCCUCUAUGGUAGAGCAAUUCAAAGUUGAAGACCGUCGUUUGAGUUCUGCACGUUCACCUUUCAGCCGUAUUGAUAAAGGCAUACUGCAGACACAGACAGCUGAUCUGGAUGCUGAGUUUCAUGCUCAAGAGCGCCGCAUUCAGGAGCUUGAAGUCUUAGCUGUAGAUCGGCAGCAAGAGAUAUCCGUCCUGAAUUCAAGGCUUGCUGAAGCUGAGAGCCAGACUUACGACGUUGUUCAAGAGUUACUUGGAGUGAAAUUAGACAUCUCCAAUUACACGGAAACCCAACACCUAAUGCAGAGGCUAGCAGUAGAUGUCCGUCGCCAAAGCAUCACCCCAAAUGGACCAGGAAGAAAUCUGGUUCAAGGUGCCGAGAUCCAAAAGCUGAGAGAUCAACUUGAUGAGCUCGUUGGGGAGAGAGAAAGCUGGCUUGAAGACUUGAAUAAAAGGCAUGCGGAGAUUGUUGCCCUCCAAAUUUCUGCAGAAAAAAUGCGACAUCGUGAUCUAUUUAUUUCAGCAGAAAAUGAGAAGUUGAAGUUGGAUAAUGCAGGAUACAUUGAAAGAAUAACAGAGUUGGAAAAAGACAUCAAAAAGCUAUCUGGGCAGCAGAACCUCCAGCAACGAAUUCAGCAUCACGCCAAAAUAAAGGAGGAGAACACUGCUCUACGACACAAAAUUGAAGACUUAAGCGCUAAAUUAAGACGAACAGAGGUCUUGUUAGCACGAGUGACCGAUGAGCUGGCAAAAUACCGGACAGCAGAGGGCAAGACCCCAUUGCUAAACAUCGACGAGGAGCAAUGUCUUCGGAUCAAGCUUCAGGAAGCCGAGGAUGCAAAGAUACAAAUGGCUCAGAAGUUAUUAAAGAUUUACUCCAGCAUUGUCAAGGUUGCAGAUUGUAACCUAGAUGCAAGAGAGGUUGACCAUGAGCUAGCUAUGUUGGCUUUAGAGAAAUUGCAGGGGCGUAUUCGGUCUACCGAACAAGAACUUGCGGAAACCAAAUUCAAGUCCAAGAUUGAUGGAGAAAAAAGAAGACUGAGUGACCUUCGUGCAGCGCUUACACCAUCCAAGUCUAUCAACAUCUCUGGCGACCAAAAUUUGUUUUGUCAAGUUCAAUACUUCUCUUAGAAUUUUAGCACUUCAGAAAUUGAUGAGCAAAAGUAUUACCCAAUUCAUUCUUCUGUACCCUUUAAGGGUGUCAAAAUUCUGCCUGUACAUCAUUCUUGUACAAUAUGUGACAUAUAAAUUAAUUCAAUAAAUUGUUUCCCUAUUGUUAAUCUGAA